AUGGGCUUACGUGCAUAUUUGGUGAAACUCCUGCAAUUCCAACCCAGUAUUGGUCACCAAAUACACUAGUUUGUCUUUUACCUCCUUCACCUACUCCAGGACCUGUUGUUGUGAGCUUUAAAGAAUUUCCUAUUAAUCUAACGGAUAAUUCUGAACAAGAAGUUGUUUUUUUCAAUUAUAAUGAUGAUUCAGAUCGGGCGUUGAUGGAAUUGGCACUUCAGGUUGUAGGGAUGAAAAUGACCGGAAAAUUAGAAGACGCGAGAAACAUUGCCAUGCGAAUUGUUGGAGGUACUGAUAACAAUCAAAAUUCAGGAAAUAAUUCUAAUGGAGAUAUGAAUGGAAUGCAACAUCAUCUCUCCUCAUUUGCACGUCAGGCUUCGAGGACAGAUAAUUUUGAGGAACAUGUAGUAGCAACACUCGCCCUGAUGGAUGCAUUUGAAACAGAAUAUGACAGUAUAUCUCUUCGAAAUCGUCAACAGCACACCAUGUUGCAUAUGGCUGUUAUGUUAGGCUAUAAACGUCUAUGUACAUAUCUUAUAGAAAAAGACAUUGAUGUAGAUAUACAAGAUAAACAUGGAUUUACUG